AUGGCGACCACGACAGCCCCAGCAGCUGCAAGGCAGCUUUCUCCUAAAGAAGCCGACAUUCAGAUGAUGUUGGCUGCCGAGGUUCAUCUCGGUACCAAGAACUGUGAUUACCAAAUGGAGCGUUACGUCUUCAAGCGCCGCAAUGACGGAAUCUACAUCAUCAACCUUGGCAAGACCUGGGAGAAGCUUCAGCUUGCAGCUCGUGUAAUUGUUGCUAUAGAGAACCCCCAGGACAUCAUUGUCCAAUCUGCUAGGCCCUAUGGUCAGAGAGCUGUACUGAAGUUUGCGCAGCACACUGGUGCACAUGCAAUUGCUGGAAGGCACACUCCCGGUACAUUUACUAACCAGCUUCAGACAUCUUUCAGUGAGCCUCGCCUUCUUAUCCUUACAGAUCCUAGGACUGACCACCAGCCUAUCAAGGAAGCAGCUCUUGGAAACAUUCCGACCAUUGCUUUCUGUGAUACUGAUUCACCGAUGCGAUAUGUUGACAUUGGUGAUGCUAUAUAUGUCUAA